GUGAUAUGUACGGUCACCAUUUUAUUGUCAGAAUUCAGCAUGGCAAAAAAUUGGUGCUACUUUGGCUGUGAAAACUCUCUCCCAAAUUGGGGUAAACAGUAUCCCCAUUGUGAUGGGUAUAAACAGUCUCCAAUCAACAUCAACACCCAGAAAGUCAUUAAAAACCAAGAGCUGGGAUCUUUUGACCUGAUUAACUUUGGUGUUCCACACACCAUGAAGAUGCUGAGGAAUAACGGACACACAGUUGAAUGUAUGCUGAAGGCAGGAGCUGUGGGAAUUCGAGGAGGAGGUCUGAAGCACAAAUACACCGUCUUGCAGUUCCACUUCCACUGGGGUGAAAAGGACCUGGUGCACUAUCCGGGAUCCGAGCACUCUCUGAACGGACGCAGAUCGCCUCUAGAGAUGCACAUUGUAAGCCGGAGAAGUGAUCUUAAUGACAGCACCGCAACAAAAGUGCAAGACGGCUUAGCUGUGCUGGGCUUUUUCAUCGAAGGCGUCAAAAAGGACAAAGAAAAGGAAAAGCAGAUCCCACAAGUCUGGGAAAGCUUCACUGAUUAUCUUCAAAAAAUACCAAGAAAAGGAGACAAAGUCCGAGUUACGGAGUCCUUUUCUAUGCAUCAGCUGUUAAAGGGGGUUGAUCUUAGCAAGUUCUACCGCUACAAUGGCUCCCUGACCACCCCUCCUUGUGAUGAAGCAGUGGUGUGGACCAUCUUCAAGGACCCAAUUAGGAUCAACAAAGAUCUGCUGUUCAGAUUCCCGAGAAAGAUUUCUUUCAACAGCGUGUUCCGGCCGGAGCAGCCUCUGAACAAUCGGGUGGUUUAUUCUUCCGCUGCUCUCAACGCAGGUCAAGCAGGAACAGUCGAGCAUCAGCACAUGCAGGGGCUCUGGCGGGAAGGAAGCCAGCUCAUUAUACUCCUGCAUACAGAGGUGAAUCAAGUCAAAGAGAUGAUUUUCUUGCUGGCGACUUGCUUUGCUGCUCUUCUGUGUCCCACCGUCCACACUGCAGACUCUUCAGUGGAUUGGUGCUAUCACAAGCCAGCAUGCAAUUUUACCACCUGGCCCAAACUUACCACAAGUUAUUGCAAUGGAUCCAAGCAAUCUCCCAUUGAUAUUGUGACUGCUACAGUCCAGGGAAAUCCUAACUUGACCGCGCUUAACUUCACAUGCUUUGAUGACAACUCCACCUUCCUGUCAGUCGUAAACUCUGGUGACUCCGUGGUGGUCUACUUGGAUGAUGAUAAAAUUCAAGUGGAAGGAGGCGGUCUUCCAGGUGUAUACAACACUAAACAAUUCCAUCUCCAUUGGGGUAAUGGCAGCUCCUCGCCUGGCUCCGAACACACUGUGGAUGGCAAACAAUACCCAAUGGAGCUGCACAUCGUAAGCGUUCAUUCAAAAUACAACGGGAAUAUCUCAGCUGCUCUAGCUGCCAAAGACAGCGCAGGAUUGGCUGUUCUUGGUUUCUUCAUUGAGGGAACCAACGAAGUGAACAAAACAAAAAGCUGGGAUAUCCUAACAUCCUAUUUGACAAGCAUCCCUACUUCAGGUAGUCAAACCUCAGAUAUCAUGAAUCAAAUCACACUGGACGGUCUGCUUGAAGGUGUGGACAGGACUAAAUAUUACCGUUACCAAGGCUCUCUAACUACACCCAACUGUAAUGAAGCUGUGAUUUGGACGGUGUUUAAAGAGCCCGUCAAAGUCAGUCACGACUUUAUCAGUCGCUUCAGCACAACUGUCCUUUUCAGAGACAGAAGCACUUCAGUUCUGAACACUAACAACUUCAGAGGAGUUCAGCCCUUGAAUGGCAGAGUCGUGACGACUCAGGUGGCAGCUCCUUCAUCAGCAGCCACAUCCACCUUAUCUUUUCUCACAGUACUUCUCUUGUCGAGUUUGUAUUGGCUGAUGAAUUGUCUGGUAAUCUGCUUUACUGCUUGUCUGUUGCACAUUGUAUGUGGUGCACCAACCUCUGUUUCGUGGUGCUAUGACAGGCCUUCAUGUAGUGACGUCGCUUGGCCUAUAAUAGCAGCAAAAAACUGUAACGGCACUCAACAGUCUCCAAUAAACAUUGUAACUGCUAAUAUAAAGGCUAAUGCUAAUCUGACCUCUUUGAAAUUCACUGGAUACAAUGAUAAAGCAGCCUUAACUGGGAUUAAAAACACUGGCACGACAAUUGAAGUUGCACUUGAUUAUAAAAAAAUGCACGUGGAAGGAGGUGAUCUACCAGGUAUGUUUUCCAGUACACAGUUUCAUCUUCACUGGGGUAGCGGCAGCAGCACACCAGGAUCUGAACAUAGUGUGGAUGGCAAGCGAUUCCCUAUGGAGUUGCACAUUGUGAAUAUGGCUGAACGAAAUGGCAGUGUGUCUGGUGAUUCGGUAUUGGCAGCUCUUGGCAUCUUCAUAGAGGCAUCGAAUGACACUGGGAAACCAGAGAGCUGGAAGACUUUAACGUCUUACCUUACAAAAAUUGCCAAUGCAGGAGAUAAAGCGCGCAUUUCUGAUAGUAUCUCUAUGGAUGAUCUGCUUCCUGGAGUGGACAGGAGUAAAUAUUACCGUUAUCUUGGGUCUCUGACCACGCCAAACUGUGAUGAAGGUGUGGUGUGGACCAUUUUUAAAGACCCCCUCAAAGUCAGCUCUGACCUGAUUGACCUCUUCACAACGACUGUCCACAUCAACCAGACCGGAAACUCCCCUCUAAUAAGCAACACGUUUAGGGGUGUCCAGGCCAUCAACGGCAGGGUCGUGAUGUCACAGGUAGCCCGUACCAAAUCCAUCGGGCCUAUAAAACCCAAAUUCAAGCAGACCUCUUCGGCAGCAAACCUAUCCCAGGCUCUCAUUUCUCCUCUGGGUGUUGUACUCCUGUACUGCCUACUGUUUUUGUGAAACUAGUCUGUGAAAUGCUGGGAUCAAGAAUGAGGUUUUCCCAUGUAAUCCUUCAGUAUUGUAUUUAAUGUUACAGAUUAUGUAAAGAAGGGGGAAAAAAGUAAUUUUUAGCUGGUUUAAUAUCCUUGUGGAAAUGGUUUGUCUGUCCAGCUUGGGCACUGAAAGUAAUUGUUGUAGUGCCGAGUUGGUUUUAUAGACGUUAACUGUUUUUUGUGCAUUUUUGUUUCAGAACUCAUGAGUUGUACGCAGUUUUGCACACAUGCACUUAUGGCCAACUCUAGGACGGUGCUAGCUUUGCGGUUUGAAAUGGCACGCUUGUUGAACUGAACACAGGUGACAUGCUGACGGUGAAGGACAGGUUACUGGUUUUUUGGUGUCAAUUCUGAUAUUUUGACUUCACUAUUAUAAUUUAUCAUCAUUCACUAUUACUAUUAACUCUUUGACUCGUCUGGUUUCGGUUUCCACUGGUGUUAUGGUAAAUUUUUGGUUUAAUGUGUGCUCACACGGUUCGCGUCCUUCACUGUCUGCUGUGCCGACAUAUAAAUGAUCAAAGCCGCUUAAGUACAGUUCUCAAAUAUACAACCAAUUUUAUUUUUUUAAAUUGACUGUUUCAUUAAAAAUAAUAAAUAUCAUAUUGUUUGUAA